UCUAUUUAACAGGAGGGGGCGGGGCUAUGUUAUACACCUGUCUCCGCCGCCAUCUAAAUCAGGCACGUAUGAACUGUGUUCUAUGGUAGCAGCGACAUCUGGCGUUUCAACUACUUCCGGUGAUGAAAUCAACUUCGGGCUAUUUGGUAGCAUCAAAGUACGGCGGGAUAAACUGAAAGACGUAGCUGCCGGGUCCCCAAUUAUCGUGAAUAAUGAAUGUGACGACGAAAUGAAACCAUAUCCAAGGGAAACAAUAGUCAAACGGGCAGAAUCCAAACUAGGAUCGAACGACUACAACGCGUUAACAUGGAAUUGUGAACACUUCGCCACGUGGUGCCGAUACGGAAAAGCCGUCUCAAAGCAGGUACCAUUCAGCAAAGGAUUAUCAAGAGAUGCCUACGUAGUACAAUUACACGGUGUUGAAGUUGUGCCACAUGGGACACUCCCGGAUGACGUCAUUACGAUUGGACACCAUCCUCAUUUCGGAAUAUUUCCUGUGCCAAUAUUUGGUGCAAUAUUAUUACCUUUUGAGGCAGCUCUCGAUACUUUGCACGAGUUGUUUAGAAAAUAACGAAAUGAACAUUUGAUAAAGUACAUACGCGUCAUGUUCUUUCUGUAGUAUCGAACUGCGUCGUUAAUUGGCCGGUAGAUAAAGUGACUGUGUGC